CAACAAAAUUACAUAAGCAGCAUAACCUUAUCCGUUCCAAGUUCAACGCAGUGGAGAAAAAGCUCUCUGACGGUCUCUCCAGGCCAAACAAAACCAUGGCAACACUUCAUUUAUCUCCCUCUCCUUCCUUCAUUCUCCCAAAACAAAAGCACCCCAGAAAAAGCACCAACCUUCUUUCCUCUCACUUUAGCCCCAGAAAAGGCUUAGGCUUUCACACAUAUAGAUUAAAAUCGACCAUUGUGAGGUCUUACAAAGUGGUGAUUGAGCACGAGGGUGAGUCCACAGAGCUAGAGGUGGAUCCUGAUGAGACCAUUCUAUCCAAGGCGUUGGACUCUGGUUUGAAUGUGCCUCAUGACUGCAAGCUUGGAGUGUGCAUGACUUGCCCUGCUAAACUUGUCAGUGGCUCCGUUGAUCAAAGUGAUGGUAUGCUUAGUGACGAUGUGGUGGAGCGGGGCUAUGCACUGUUAUGUGCCGCUUAUCCCCGAUCAGAUUGUACUAUUAAAACCAUUCCUGAAGAUGAGCUGCUGUCUCUGCAACUUGCUACUGCUAAUGAUUGAAAUUUGUAGUGGGUUAGAUGUUGAAUCUGAAGCUCAAAUUUUCUUCACUUUGUGUUGUGAUUAUAAUGUUCUGGGAACGUUUAAUAGAGUUGAUUUUUAUCUUGAA